UUUUGAUUCUUAUUAUAUAUAAUACUACAUCUGUUACUCUUCAGUUCAGUACCAUUUCUAGGGUUUAUUCCACCUAAAAAUAUCUUGUCAUUCUUGAAUCUUGAAGCACCAAAAGCACUCCCUAGUAACUGGUUCAAUAUAUUUUUCAUUUAUCUUGUGUAAUUUGAUUGGAAAAGAUGGGUGGGUUUGAGCUCAAAUGGUUUGUAAGACUAGCUGUUGUUCUGAUGAUGGUUCAAAAAAUUCUUGGUUGGGGAAAAGAAGGACACUAUGUUAUCUGCAAAAUUGCUGAGGAAUAUCUAACAGAAGAUGCUUUGGCUGCAGUCAAAGUAUUACUCCCAGAUCAAGCUGAAGGUGAUCUUGCAGCUAUCUGCUCCUGGGCUGAUGAGGUUCGGCGCCACUAUCACUACCGCUGGAGUUCUCCAUUACAUUAUGUGGACACACCUGAUUUCUUGUGCAAUUACAAAUAUUGCCGAGACUGCCAUGAUGGGCAUGGGCACAAGGACAGGUGUGUUACGGGAGCAAUAUACAACUACUCAACUCAACUUUCACAGGGAUACAGUGAUUUGAAUUCAGAAAAAUACAAUUUGACUGAAGCACUUAUGUUCUUGUCUCAUUUUGUUGGUGACGUACAUCAGCCUCUUCAUGUUGGUUUCACUGGAGAUCUUGGUGGAAACAGUAUAAUAGUUCGUUGGUACAGGAGGAAGACUAAUUUGCACCAUGUAUGGGAUACCAUGAUUAUUGAAUCUGCGUUAAAGACAUACUACAAAUCUGAUAUAAUGUUAAUGACACAAGCUCUUCUGAGAAACAUCACUGAUGAAUGGUCCGAUGAUGCUCCAUCUUGGGAAAAUUGCAAGGAGCUGGUUUGUCCUGACCUGUAUGCUUCUGAAAGUGUCCGUUUGGCCUGCAAGUUUGCCUACAGAAAUGCAACCCCGGGAAGCACUUUAACAGAUGAUUACUUCCUCUCUCGUCUUCCUGUUGUGGAGAAGAGGUUGGCGCAAAGUGGGGUCCGCUUGGCCGAAGUUCUCAACCGAAUUUUCACUAAAAACUCAUCAGUUGCUGCACAAUGAAGAUAAACUGCAGAAGGAAGUCACAGAUAGGGGUCCACUCUAUACAAUGAAGAUAAGCUGCAGAAGGAAGUCGCAGAUAGGGGUCCACUCUAUGUAUUCAACUUCCUUUAUAACUUGGGAGUUUCCCUCACGCCAAGAACUGAAACCUACUUAAGUGCCUUAUAAGUCAACUAUUAUAUUUAUAAAGGUGUAAUAAAAUAUACCUUUAGAUGUACAACUAGUCCAUUACAUGUGAUAGAUGCUGUAUUAUAUUGUAAUAUGCUGUACGUUACUUUUCUGGAUAAUCAACCUCUAUUUUACUUAAGAUAAGAGGAAUCUUCAUCUUGUACACAUUAAGAACCAUUUGUAUAUAUAGAACAAGCCCAAUUUUGGUGGGA